AUGAAACCAAGAAAGAAGCCGAGCUCCACAAGAACACGGCCAACCGCCUCCGGCUCGAGGCUGAGGAGCGAUAAAGAGAUGGGCUUCGUUAGCUACAUCAACCUGGCCGAGGACGAACCGGCUGCAGCCCAGUGUGAGAAUCGGGCGGUCAACGCCACCAAUGCUGCUGCAGGCAUCGCCUGUGAAGAAAACUCCCUCCUAAAAGACUAUGUCACAGAGAAAGGUUUAAUUCCCCACCCCCACCUUCCUCCUCAGCUUUUGCUGUCGAAAUUUCGAUUGUCCGAUUCGAAAAUGUUCAGCCCGCUGAAGGACGAUAGGUACGCCGGCUGCCGGAGGACCGAAGAAGGCUUUAUCAAAUGA